GUCAGCUGACUUGAGGCUGUCAGUUCUGCAUCAACUGGAGGAGCUCAGUAAAGAAUUAUCUUGUAGAAAAUGUCCACAUAGGUGAUAGACGAGUGACUUUUUGACUUUUUUGAGAGGCUUUGUUUGUUUGUUGCUCAGUAUAUUGAACGUGUUGUAUCAUGAAAGGCUUGUAUUGUAAACCGGGUGGAAGUGAAGCCGAGCCCAAGUUCGUUAUUCAGGAAACGACUCUCCCAGAGGAUUUAGGCAACCACCAGGUCCGGGUUCAGGUGAAAGCAUGUGGACUGAGCCCACUGGACCUCAAGUUACUAGAAGAUGUAGGGAUCCAGAGAGAUUUAAUACCCGUCGGCCGAGAAGUGGCUGGGGUCGUCCUGCAAGUGGGAUCCAAAGUUUCGUUUUUCCAACCUGAGGAUGAGGUUGUUGGUAUUCUUCCACUGGACUCCCCCUCAUCUGGACUGUGUGACACCAUUGAUAUAGAUGAACACUAUUUAGUUCAGAAGCCUGAGAAGCUGAGCUCAGUGUGCGUCGCUGGAGCGCUGCGUGACGGCCUCUGUGCAUACACCGCUCUGCACACCCAGGCGCACAUGGCAGCUGGACACACGCUCCUGGUCAUGGAUGGAGCUAGUUCCUUCGGCCUGAUGUGCAUCCAGCUGGCGUGUUACCAUGGAGUGAAGGUUCUGACGACGUCACACUCGCCACAAAAACACACAUUCUUGGAGCAGCUUCGACCUAGUGUAGGAGUUCAGGAUCCUUUAGUAGCCCGGGUAAUUCCAGUCUAUAACGGCUCAUCAGACCUACUGCCAGUAGUUUUAGAGGAAACAGGGAGUCUGGGAGUGGACAUAGUCAUUGACUCAGGAGUGUGUCUACAGGAAGAGGAGGGGCCAGAUGAUGUAAAGCUCCUCCCACAUAAGCAUGAUAUCAUCAGUGUGCUAGGAGUGGGCGGGCACUGGAUCACAUCCCACCAAGACCUACAGUUGGAUCCUCCAGACUGCAGAUUACUGCACUUAAAAUCAGCCUCUGUGUCUUUCCUGAACCCUGAAGUUUGGACAGCUUCAUCUGCUCAACAAGGACGAUACCUCCAUAUUUUGAAGGACAUUGUGGAGAAGAUGUCAGCAGGAGUACUCAGACCACAGCCUGAGGAGGCCAUCCCUCUCUAUGAGGCCACAGUUGCCAUGGAGACCGUCCAGCGUCAUCAAAAGAAAAAGGCUGUGAUUCAGCUCUGACCAAAGGGUUCACAUUCUGGGGAGCAGCAACUACCCUCAAUGCAACAGGCUCAGAUGUGAUGUGUCAUGUUUAUGUGGAGACAACAAGCCAGAUUUUAAGCCGGUUUAGAUUUUAUUUAUUGUGUACUUCACACUGCUUCAUUCUAGUUUACUGCUCAUACUACACAAGAAAAACAACUUGUGACAUUUUGAAGAACCUGCUGAUAUGGAAACAGAAUGUUUAUUUAGCAUCAAGUCAGUAUAAACAGGAACGGCAACUUUUUUUUUUUUUUUCAAAAACUUCAUUUAAACCUGGAUAAAACAAAUUCAUUCCACAAAUGUGAAUAAUCUUGCAUUUUUUU